GCUGAUCAAAUACUUGAUGCUUUAGAUCUGAUACAUGCAUUCUCUGAAGCCUCUAGUCUCGAACCGAAUCGAAAGAAAUGUGAAUUAAUAGAUGGGAGAGAUUCUAAUAUCCAUUUCUAAUAUAGAAAAUGUUCAAUUUAGUAAGGCUUCUGAGGGUUUUAUUUUUGAAGAGCAGAACUUUAAAGCGGCAGACAACCGUCGCAGCGCUCUAUAUGCAUCUAGCGCUCCUUACAUGUGAUAUCUAUAAAGUAAAGACGAGAAGAAGAAAAAAAAAAACACCAAAGAAGAAGAAAAGGCGGAAGUUAGCAUCGCUUCAAAACAAGCGCCCGCCGACAUCAAAAUGUUGAAAGAUAUGGUGAGACAACGAUUAUUGACGGCGGCCGAUGAAAUCUUCGAAUUGUUUGAAAGAACGAUCGCGUCGUACGAGGAGCAACUUUGUCGCGCGAGAGAGGAGAGCGAGCGACAACGACGAUUACUUGAAGACCUUUGCAACACUCCAAAUGUCAUCCGCACCCAAGAGGCUCCACAACUUCAAGAGAAACAAGAGGCGCCGGAGCCUGCCCUCCUCAAAGAGGAGGAGGAAGCGACUGACAUCAGUGAGUUUCACUUGACGGGUGACAAUGAAGAUGACGAAGCACCCGUGUGGUCGCAGUUUCAUUCUCACAGUCCGGGUGGAGAACCCCGUGCAGGAUCCCCACCCAACAACCACAUGGCGCCAUUAUCAGACAGCUAUGAAGGGGAAGAACUAUUGAGGACCCACAAACGCGCUGAAGGUAACUUGGAUGACACUGACUGGGAUCUAACCUUUGAAACAGAAGAUGAUGACAGUGCCUCACUUUUGGACAAAAGUGCAAGCAAUGCAUGCAAUGCAGAACAUGUUACAAAUCAAGACUUUGAAGGGAGUAUGGCCAGUUGCUCUUUAGGACAGGGAAAGCAACAAAGAAAGUACACUGUAAGACAAGUAUUGGAACAACUUGAAGCUGAUGACAGUGACUUUGGCGCAGAAUUGGACAGCGAUAUUGAUUCUGAUGAAUCAUUUCAACCGCAUGAAAGUGAGGUUGGUGAGUCUUCUGCCCAAGACAGUGACUCGUCCAGUGAUGAAGAUUUGCAAUUUACCGACACUGCAAGCCCACAAUUACACCCUAAUUGUGCUGAAAAAACUUACAGUUGGCGAAAGAAAGUCUUUGAGUUACCUGACGUGAGUUUUCAAGGACAACAAGUCGAGUCAUACCAGGAUGCCACAGCAGACACACCGCUGGUUUACUUUCGCCGCUUUGUUUCCCUUGAUAUGUUGGAAAAUAUUGUAGAACAUACCAAUCGGCACAGUGUUCAAAAACACGGGAAAUGUGUAAACACUUCAGUAAAGGAGAUAGAACAAGUUCUCGGAAUGUACCUCAGGAUGGGAUUAGUACAAAUGUCCGGAGUACGUCAGUACUGGGAAAGUGAAGUUCGUUAUGGGCCCGUGGCAGACGUAAUGAGUCGCAACCGAUUCAACCAGCUACUCUCUGUCAUCCACUUUGUAGACAAUGAAAUGGCCAAUGAAGAAGUCAAAAUGGAUCGACUUUGGAAACUGAGACCAUUUUUGGAUUCUUUUCGGAGACAAUGUCUGACAAUUGCUCCUCGACAAAAACAAUCCAUUGAUGAGAUGAUGGUGCCGUACAAAGGUAAAUUUGGUGGCGUAAGGCUAUAUAUCAAAGGAAAGCCACAUCCCUGGGGAUUCAAAGUGUGGGCGCGCUGUUGUGUCACUGGCCUCCUGCACGACUUUGACAUAUACCAAGGAAAAGGUGGUGGCAAUGGACAAAAAGGGCCAAAAAAGGGUCAGUUGGGAGUCGGUGGAGACAUUGUAGUGAAGUUAUGCGAAUCGCUUGCAGAGAAAGUAAAUUUCCUGAUUUUUGCUGACGAUUUCUUCACUUCCAUGCCCCUCAUUGAGAAAUUAUUAGCAAAGGGAAUCUACUACACAGGAACUGUGAGGAAAACCCGAACGUCCAAGUGCAACCUGAUACCUGACAAAGACCUGUCCAAGAAAGGCCGUGGAUCCUACGAUUAUCAAUUGGAGUCCAACACCAACACAGUUUGUUUGAAAUGGCAAGACACGAAAGCAGUCAGUUUGAUGUCAACAUAUGCUGGACCAGACCCUUUGAGAAAAGCAAGGCGCUGGGACAAGUCCAAAAAAGAGUACACCUACAUAGAUCAACCGAACAUCAUCAAAGAGUACAUCGCUUCCAUGGGAGGUGUUGACAUGCUGGAUGCGCAUCUUGCACGCUGUAAAUUUCCCAUCAGGACACGUCGCUGGUAUAUGAUACUUUUCUGGCACUUCGUGUCUGUCGCGGUGAUCAACGCAUGGCUCCUUUACCAGCGUGAUUGUGAGGCACAGGGAAUCACUGGAUCUAAAGUUCUCAAGCUUCGCAAGUUUCAGGGUUUGGUUGCUCAAGGUUUGGUUGAAGUUGGAACAGCAAGAAAGCGGGGUAGGCCAUCAACUCCGAGCUCCUCAUCCCCGCCACCACCGAGAUUUGUUCGAGUUUAUCAGAGUGCAGAUGUCCGUUUUGACCAAACUGGCCAUUGGCCUGUCAAGGAGGAAAAUCGCCGUCGAUGUGCUGUGUGCAAGGACCUCAAGACUGAAAUGCACUGUGAAAAAUGUGCAAUACCUCUCUGCAUUAACAAAAAAAGAAAUUGUUUCAAAGACUAUCACAAUGUCUAGUAUGAGUUCUGACAGAUUUUUGGAUAAGAAAGACCAAUGGUGUUUUUGUCAGGGAAGUUCAAUGUUGAACCCCAAGACAAGCAGCAAUCAAUAGCUCAAAUAAGAGAAAGAAUCAAAUCCAGCAAAGGACUGCCUGCUUGGAAGACUUUAUGAACAAGAUAUAUAUCAAGGGUACAAAAAUGAUGUGAUCCAGUCAAGUGCCGUGAUCACUCAGAAAUACAAUGGGAAUACACAAGUCAAGGGUUUAAAGUGCCCUCCAUAAUUAUUGGCACCCGUGGUUAAGAUGUGUUUUUUAGCUUCUAAUAUAUAUUUUUUUAAAUUCAAAUAAUAUGAGACCUU